AUGACCUUCCUUGAGGACGAAGGUCUCCAGUUCUACCCGGAACACAAAAGCUGGAUUGAUGCCCUGCAGCACUGCCACAACAAGAACUCCGCCCUGGUUCAAAUCACCAACCAGACAGUGCAGGACGCAGUGAACUCUGUCCUACAAAAUAAGAGCGGCUUGGAUGGUGGAGUGUGGAUCGGCCUGGAGCGCUCCAUCUUUGGUGUAAACGUCCCCUGGCAGUGGGUUUCAGGGGAAAGAGUAAAGGAACAUCAUUGGAGCAGUAGCGCUUUUGUCGACCCCUUAAACAACCACUGUGGAAAGGUCAUCCAGGUGAAAGGGUCACAAGAAUUCAAGUGGCUGGACGAAGACUGCCAUAAAGAGCUGCCUUUCAUCUGCCAAGAUCCAUCAUGA